AUGAGCCCAGCUCCUGCCUCACGAGGGCUCCUCCGGGCCCAGCUCAUGCGUCGCGGCGGCCUCUCCAGGCCCGACUCCCGCCCAGCUCGACGGCGUCUCCCGGCCCAAGGCUCCCUUCCUCAACGUCGGCCCCUCUGGGCCCAGCUUCUGCCUCCCGCUGAUGGCCUGUGCGGGCCCACCCGAGGCGGCCCGAAGUCGGCCUCGCCAGGCCCAGCUCCUGCCUGGCGUAGGCCCCUGGGGGCACCGCCUCUGCCCCACAGUGGCCCCUCCGGGCCCAGCUCGUGCCUCGGCUUGGCCGCCUCAGGCCCAGCUCCUGCCUGUGGGCGGCCUCUCUCCAGACCCGGCUCUCGCCUCCCGGCAUCCUCUCCAGGCCCAGAACUGUUUCCAGUGGGCCUCUCCAGGCCCGGCUCUCCCUCCCAGCCGCGUCCUCCGGCCCAAGUCCUGCCUGACGACAACCACGUUGGGCCCAGCUCCUGCCCAGCUCCUGGCAGCCUUUGUCGGCCCCAGGCUUCCCUACGUCAGGCCUUACAGGCCCACCUUCGGCUUCCCGGCGGCCGGGAGAGACCCGGCUCCUGCCUGACAACGGCCUCCCCUGGCCCAGCGGUGGCCUCACGCCCAGCUUUGCCCUUCUGGCGGCCUCUCCAGGCCCAGGACUUCCUCGAGUCGGCCUCCGCCGGCCCAGUGGCCGCCUCCCGGCCUCCUGUCCAGGCCCAGCUCCUUGCUCGCGGCUGCGCCCGCGGGCCCAGCUCCUGCCUCCGAACAUCCUCCUGUGACUCGGCUCCUGCCCAGCUCCCGGCGGCCUCCGUAGGCCCGAAGCCUCCUCCGGUCCAGCUCUCCAGGCCCGCCUCCUGCCUUGCGGCGGCCUUUCCAGGCCCAGCUCUCGCCUCCCGGCGGCCUUUCCCGGCCACGCUCGUGCCGGCUUCCUGGCAGCCUCCACGAGCCCGGCUCCUGCCUCACGCGGGCCCCUCCAGGCCCAGCUCGUGCCUCGCGGCGGCCUCUCCAGGCCCGGCUCCCGCCCAGCCCGACGGCGUCUCCCGGCCCAAGGCUCCCUUCCUCAACGUCGGCCCCUCUGGGCCCAGCUCCUGCCUCCCGCUGAUGGCCUGUGCGGGCCCACCUGAGGCGGCCCGAAGUCGGCCUCACCAGGCCCAGCUCCUGCCUGGCGUAGGCCCCUGGGGGCACGGCCUCUGCCCCACAGUGGCCCAGCUCCUGCCUGUGGGCGGCCUCUCUCCAGACCCGGCUCUCGUCCGGCAUCCUCUCCAGGUCCAGAACUGUUUCCAGUUGCUAGACCAUUUUUGUGCCUGCCUCGUUGCAGCAUCUCCAAGCCCAGCUUUUGCUUUUCUGCAGUUUCUUGAGGCCGAACUCCAUUUUUCGAAUGGCUUAUUUAGGCCCAGCUCUUGCGUUUGCAUUGUCCCUCCAGGCCCAGAACUUUCUCACGUCAUCGUCACCAGGCCUAGCUUCUGCAUCUGGUCGGCCUUUUAAGGCCCAGCUUUUGCCUCAUAAACUCAGCUCCUGUUUAAUGGCGGCCUCCCAGGUCCCACCUUCUGCCUUCCUGUGUCCACUCCAGGCCCAGCUUCUGCCUUGGUGCUCUUUUUAAGUCAAUAAUUUUUUCCAGUCGACCUCUCCAGGCCCAACUUGUACCUCUGAGUGUCCUCUAGGAUCUCAGCUUCUGCCUAAUAAUGACCUCUUUAGACUCAGCUCAUUUUCACUGCUACAUCUUCAAGCCAUUCUCCUGCCUCUUGGCAACCUCUAGUGGCCCAGCUUCUGCCUCACAGCAGCCUUUCCAUGCAUGCCUAGCUCCUGCCUCUUUAGGGAACUUACAGGCCUAAAACUUUCUUAAUUUGGGCUUCUCAGGCCCAGCUCCUGCCUUCUGUUGGCCUCUACAGGCCUGGUAUCAUCCUUUCAACAGCCUCUUUAGGCCCGGCCUCUCCAGGACCAAAACAUCCUUAAGUCAACCUCACCAGGCCCGGCUCCUGUCUCCUUGCGGCCUCCAGAGGCCGAGCUUUUGCCUGCCAAUGGCCUCUCUAGCCCCAGCUUCUGCCUUUCAUCGGUCUGUCCAGGCUUAGCUCCUUUCUCUUCACAGCCUCUGCAGGCCUAAAACUUCCUCAAUUUGGCAUCUCCAGGCCCAGCUCCUGCCUCCAGGCCGCCUCUGCAGGCCUAUCUCAAGCCUUACAACAGCCUCUUUACCCCCAGCUCCUUUCUCCGACUUGUCUCUCCAGGCCUAGAACUUCCUCAUAUUUACCUCACCAGGCCCACCUCCUGCCUUCCAGUAGCGUCUACAAGUUUGGCUCCUGCCUCCCAUGGAUCUCUCCAGGCCCCAACUUUCUCAAGUCAACCUCAUCAGGCCCGGCUUCUCCCUUUCAUCAGCCUUCCAAAGGCCAGCUUUUGCUUCAUGUCUGCCUUCCGAGUCCCAGCUCCUGUUUUAUGGCAGCCUCCUGAGGCCCAGCUCCUGCCUCCUAGUGGCCUCUUUUGGCCCAACUCUUUCCUCACCAGGGCCUUCCAGACCACGUUCCUGCCUUUUAGCAGCCACUACAGGCCCAGCUUUGCGUCCUUUCAAGAGUCCUGCCUCACAGUGGCCUCCCAAGGGCAACUUUCUGCCUCAUGUCAGCCUCUGGUGCCCUGGUCCUGCUUCCUGGUAGACUCUGCAGGCCCUGCUCCUGCCUUACGUUGCCCCUUUUAUAAAGAUCCAGUUCCUGCCUCCUGGCUGCCUCUAUGAGCCCAAAUCCUGCCUAACAACAACCUGUUUUUGCCCAGCUCCUGCUUCCUGGCAGCCUCCUUAGGCCAAAAAUUUCCUUCAGUUGACCUCUCCAGGCCCAGCUCCUGCCUCUCAGCACCCUCUUUAGGCCCAGCUCCUGCCUUAAUAAAUUUGAAUAAAUUAUUA